GGCUGGACCGGGCGACGGAGGAGAUGAAAAUCUUCAGACCUCAACCAAACUGAAAGCGUGGCUGUUUAGUGAAUAUAGCGGCGACUUCCAGCCCUCAAUCUUCAGAUGCUCAUCCACCUAAGAAAGAUAGCGACACCAUGGAAACCCAACCUCUCAUCUUCCUUCAACAAACUUUACUCUGAUCGCCCAUUGAAGCAUUCGCCUCUUCUCAAGCUUCCGUUUCAACAUUCUGUACAAACCCUCACAAGGCCCCAACUCGAGGCUCUAGUUCUAUCCCGAUUCUCCCAGGGCAAGUUCUUCGACCUUCUUCGAAAUGUUGUUGCCUCUCCCUCUGUUCUUUUCACCGCCUCCCAAAAUCUCAUCACUCCACUCCCAAGCAAUCGCCUCAAUGCUCCCGACUCGCUACUCAGUUUCGAUAUGGUCUCUAGUUGCUUUUCGGUCGAGGACAUGGCUCGGGAGCUCUACGAAAAUCGUUUCGAUGUUGGUGCUUGCUGUGUUCGGUUGGAAUCAUCGGAAGAGAAAGGUGAGUUUCUGGUCUUACCGAAUUUGAAAUUGAAGGUCUUACUCGAGGCUAUUAGGAUUGUGUUGGAAAUUGUUUAUGACGAACGAUUUGUAACGUUCUCUUAUGGGGGGCGUGUCGGUAUGGGGCGGCACACUGCCAUUAGGUACCUGAAGAACUCGGUGCAAAAUCCUAGUUGGUGGUUUACCGUUGCAUUUCGUCGCAGAAAGUUCGAUUCUGUACAUGUAAAUAAGUUGUGCUUAUUGGUGCAAGAGAAAAUUAAGGAUGAUAUUUUGAUUCUUAUGCUAAAGAAACUGUUUGAAUUGGAGGCAGUUCAAAUUGAAUUGGGUGGUUGUUAUUUAGGAAGGGGGUUCCCUCAGGAAAGUGGUUUGUGUUCAAUCUUGUCUAAUAUAUACUUCAAUGGCUUUGAUAAAGAACUUCAACAAAUACGUCUUGAAAAGAAUGAAGAAAAUCCCAAGUUCAGUCUGGACGGUACUGUUUCUUUCCAUAAUCCGGUGAAAAUAUAUGCCGUUAGGUAUCUGGAUGAGAUAUUAGUUAUAACAUCGGGGUCGAAGAUGCUAAUAAUGGAGUUGAAAAGCCAGGUGCUAAGGUAUUUAGAAGGGAAUUUAGAAUUGGAAGUGGAUCGAAUGAAUACUGCAAUUCAUAGUGCUGUCUCCGAGAAAAUUAGUUUCUUAGGAAUGGAACUACAGGCAGUACCACCUUCAGUUCUGCAUCCACCAAUGUCCGAAAAGGCAAUCAGGGCUCGGAAGAAGUACCUUAGACAGAAGGAAGUUAGAGCAAUAGAAUUGAGAAAUGCCCGUGAGAGAAACAGGAAAAAAUUGGGAUUGAAGAUAUUGGGUCACGUGUUCAAGAAAUUGAAGCGAACCGAUGGCUUGAAAUAUGAAUUCCAAAUCGAGAAGGAAGUCACAGAAAUCUUCAGAAAUUGGGCCGAUGAAGUAGUGCGAGAUUUCUUGGAGUCUUUGGAAGAUAAUACAGAGUGGCACCGUCCGCUGUCAGCAGGUGAUUUCCUCUCCUUAAAACACAUAAGAAAUCAGUUGCCAGUAGAUCUUGUGAAUGCUUAUGACAGGUUUCAAGAUCAGGUAAACCAGCACUUGAAUCCUCUAAAGGCCAAAAAGGAGAAGGCUAGGGAGGAUGAAAAGAAAAGAUUGGGUGAAGAAGAACGAUAUGCUAAAAGAACAGUUGAGGACUUAACAAGGCUAUGCAUCAAAGUUGAAGCUCCUAUAGAGCUUGUUAGGAAGGCAGUGAAGAUGAUUGGAUUUACAAAUAAAAUGGGCCGUCCUCGGCCUAUCAGCUCUCUCAUUGCUCUUGAAGAUACAGAUAUUAUCAAGUGGUAUGCCGGUGUAGGAAGAAGGUGGUUAGACUUCUUUUGCUGUUGUCAUAACUAUAAGACGGUCAAAACUAUUGUAACUUACCAUUUGAGGUUUUCUUGUAUUUUGACAUUGGCGGAAAAGCAUGAAUCGACCAAACGGGAAGCCAUGAAACAUUACAGUAAAGAUUUGAAAGUCUUUGAUUUAAAUGGCAAGGAAGAGAUGCACUUCCCAACAGAAAGAGAAGUUAAGAUGUUGGGAGAAAGAAAUCUUGCUGACCCAUACCCUGUGGAUGGGGCUUUUUCUUUGUUUCUGAUUAGAUUAGUCACUGAUGAAGAUUCAUAUCCUUGUAUUGCUCAUUUUUGCAAUAGAACAGACUCUAUUCUAUAUAGGGUCCGAUUACUGCAAAAGACUCUGAAUGUCAAUCCAUCUAAUGGAGUGGAAUGGGUGAGAGGGAUGGGAGUGAUUCAUGAAAGUUUAAAUCAGAGAUGCCUCCCUCUAUGUGCUGAUCACAUCAGUGAUUUAUACAUGGGGAAAAUCAACCUUCAAGACUUGGACUGCACCUUAUCAUUGGAUAUGGACUGAAUGUAACUCGUUUCACUUCCGAGUUCCUUUCAUGUUGGGAAGAUGCUAAUGAGGCCCACUGAUUGUUUUGCUUGACCGGAACACAAGCAAGCUAUUCAGUUCUACAAAUGUUGGUGAACCAACGCCCAUAUCAAGGAAUCAAAAGGGGAUGAAUAGACUGUGUCUGAAAGAAACAGCAGAGGAAAGAGAGACUGAGACAGAAAUAAAAAAAGUACCUACAUGAGCCUGCAUUAUUCUCUCUUAUCGUUAGGAAGUUAGUACGUUAAAAGAAUGAACACUACAAGUCAAUGUGGCUCUCUCUUCUCGAAGAAACUUGACAGAGACAAGGUGGACAAGCUCAUCGCAUGGAAACAUUGCUACUUUCAGGCAGCAAAGCCCUGGGGGAGAUCUUCAUUAUUCUAUUCUGGGGCUGUUUGGCUGCCCAGAAAGUUAUUUAACAUCCAAGGGAUUCAACCCAGAAACAAGUAGAAAGUUCUUCAAAACCAAUCCCAACUGCUGCAGGGGGUAUUGGCAUAAACAAGAUGGAGAUGGAGAAUCUUGGAGGUUCUUGUUUGAGGAGUAGAAGGUUAGAGAGGUGGUUCGAUACAAGAUAUGAGCCAAAUAAGAAAGAAGCCCCAAAAUGUUCAGUUGAUGAACAGAUAUCAAAACAGGAGAAUGGUGAUGACAUAUAUGUGGAUGAUAAUGGGUGGUGUUCUGUUCUGAUAUCAUGUUUCAGAAUUAUCACUUGCUUUCUCACAAUGAUGGUUACUACUUUCUUUUGGGCUCUGAUUAUGCUUCUGCUCCUGCCAUGGCCUUACCACAGGAUUAGACAGGGCAAUAUAUAUGGCCACCUCACUGGUAGAUUACUGAUGUGGAUACUUGGGAAUCCAAUAAAGAUCGAAGGCUCUGAAUAUUCCAAUGAGAGGGCUAUUUACAUUUGCAACCAUGCAUCCCCUUUGGACAUUUUCCUCAUAAUGUGGCUGACACCCACAGGGUCUGUUGGCAUUGCAAAAAAGGAGAUCAUAUGGUACCCUCUGUUUGGACAACUUUACAUUCUCGCUAACCAUCUUCGUAUCGAUCGAUCGAAUCCAAAUGCAGCAGUUAAAUCCAUGAAACAGGUAGCUUGAGUAGUUGCGGAGAACGAUUUGUCGUUAAUCAUAUUCCCUCUGAGGGUACUAGGUCCAAGGAUGGAAGGCUGCUACCCUUCAAAAAGGGCUUUGUCCAUUUGGCAUUGCAAACACAGCUUCCAAUCGUUCCUAUUGUCAUGACUGGCACCCAUCGAGCUUGGAGAAAGGGCAGCUUACAUGUCCGACCAGCUCCUCUGACCGUGAAGUAUCUACCUCCAAUAACAACAGAUUAUUGGACAGUAGAAAAGAUCGACGAACACGAUACUUAUGUCGAACACCUACCGGAGUCACAAAGACCUCUUCAGUGAUAAGAAUCUUAUGUUGCUUCAUUUUCAAAAGAAUUCUGCAUGUUUUUUUUCAUCUAUUCAUCCUUAAGAUUGAGGAUGACUGCAAUUUCCAUCCAUUUUCUCUC